AUGGGGAAGGAGCAGUUUCGCGAGUCCGAUUUGGCGCGGAAAGUCGUUGGCGUCAAGUUUAUGCCUGCCAACAGUGAUUUCAUGCGCCAGGCAGCUCACAUUCGUGUCAUUAACAAUCGACUAUAUGAAGAUCUCCCAGGAAAGUGGGUUCCUGCGCAAUGUGGACCGCUUGAUCUGCGCUUGGGUACCAUAUCCAAACAUGUACAGUGUAAGACCUGUGGACGUAAUCUGACCGACUGUGUCGGUCAUUUCGGCUAUAUUGAUCUCGACUUUCCUGUGUUUCAUGUGGGAUUCUUCAAGCUGACUAUACAAGUGCUACAGUGUAUAUGUAAAAGUUGUUCUGGAUUACUGCUACAUGAUGAACAACGGGCACAUUAUCUAAAGCAAAUCUCUAAUCCGAACCUGGACUACUUACGGCGAAAGGCUCUUCAUAAGAACAUAGUGGCGGCAUGUAAAAAGACGAAUCCUUGUCCUAAAUGUGGGCAACGCAACGGUCUAGUGAAGAAGGCGAUGGGUACAGUGUUGAAAAUUGUCUAUGCUCAUGGCGUCACAGAGGACAAAAUGCGUGAGUUCACAACGGCUACGGAAGCAAACGCAGAUCUCUCCGCUACACUUUUCAAAUCGAAAUUUACUCUAUUAAAUCCACUUCGUGUCCAGAAGCUGUUCAACAACGUCACAGCAGAGGAUAUUCCAAUUUUGAUGGUGAAGUCUGGUGAAACAAAACAUCCUAAUGAUCUCCUAUUAACGAGAAUUCCUGUCCCUCCAGUUUGUGUUCGUCCAUCCGUAAUAUCAGAAGUAAAAUCUGGUACUACUGAGGACGACCUGACGAUGAAGUUGUCUGAAAUCAUUCUCAUCAAUGAUGUCCUACAAAAGCACAAGAAGGAUGGGGCUCCAAUGAAGACAGUAACAGAAACAUGGGACCAUCUACAGAUCCAGGUUGCGUUGUACUUCAACAGUGAACUUUCCGGCCUACCUCCUGAAUUACAGCCCAAGAAGGCACUUCGCGGUUUCACGCAGCGUCUCAAGGGCAAGCAGGGUCGAUUUCGUGGCAACUUGUCUGGGAAAAGAGUGGAUUUCUCCGGAAGAACUGUAAUAUCACCCGAUCCUAAUCUACGAAUUGAUGAGGUCGGAGUGCCGGUACAUAUUGCGCUGACGUUGACAUUUCCUGAAGUCGUCAACAAUUACAAUAUCGAACGCAUGAAGAAACUUAUUAUGACGGGUUCCGACAAUCAUCCUGGUGCCAACUAUGUGGUCGAUCGUGUUACUGGAACGAAACGUCUAUUGAAAUAUGGUAAUCGUGAGACUUGCGCAGCAAGUCUGAAAGUAGGAGACAUUGUUGAACGCCACCUGGAUGAUGGUGAUAUCGUAUUGUUCAAUAGACAACCGUCCCUUCACAAAGUGUCCAUCAUGAGUCAUCGUGCCAGAAUCGUGCCUGGUAGAACGUUCAGGUUCAACGAAUGCGUUUGCACACCGUAUAACGCAGACUUCGACGGUGAUGAGAUGAAUCUGCAUGUGCCACAGACACAUGAAGCAAGAGCAGAAGCAAGCCUCUUGAUGGGUGUGAAAAGCAAUUUGAUCACUCCCAGAUCUGGCGAGCCAUUGAUUGCGGCUAUUCAGGACUUCAUCACGGGUGCUUAUCUACUGACACAUAAGGACACUUUCCUCACGUUCAGCGAGGCCACCCGAUUAGCUGCGUCAAUUAUCUGUUGCAAUUCCAAGAAGCAAAAGCGCAUUCGGCUGCCAAGUCCGGCCAUUUGGAAACCUGCCAAGUUAUGGACAGGAAAACAACUUAUGGAGCUCAUCGUUUCGGAUGAUAUCGAUAAUCCAAGGAAACUUAAUCUAACAACACCUAACAAAAGCUACACGAGUAAUCGGGAGUUUUGUUUGAAGGACUCCUUUGUCAUAUUCCGCAAUGGGCAGCUUUUAUCUGGAGUUCUGGACAAGUCGUUACUAGGCUCUAGUUCCAAAACAAAUAUCUUCUAUAUUCUCUUGCGAGAUUUUGGCGAAGAUGCUGCAGUGGACGCAAUGUGGAGACUUGCACGAAUGAUGCCAACGUUUCUCACCAAUCGUGGAAUUGGUGACGUCCAUCCAAGCGCUCAGUUGCUUAAGGAGAAACAAAUGUUGUUGAAUGAUGGUUACAAAAAGUGCCAUGAGUACAUUGCUCAACUGAAAUCCGGACAGUUGAAAGCGCAACCUGGAUGUACCGAUGAGGAGACGCUUGAGGCAUUGAUUCUUCGCGAGCUGUCAUCAAUUCGUGAUAAGGCUGGUAAAGCCUGUGUUGACAACCUUUCGAAGCACAAUGCCCCGUUGACUAUGGCGGUUUGUGGUUCUAAGGGGUCGUUCAUUAACAUUCAGAUGAUCAACAUAUCCCAGAUGAUCGCAUGCGUCGGUCAACAGGCCAUCUCUGGACAUCGUCCUCCGGAUGGGUUUGACAAGCGUUCUCUUCCUCACUUCGAAAAGCUUCAAAAGACCCCUGAAGCAAAAGGAUUCGUUGAGAACAGUUUCUUCUCCGGGCUUACUCCUACAGAGUUCUUCUUUCACACUAUGGGUGGUAUGUGCUCAUUUUUUGCUGUUUUUAUUGCCUGUGGAUCCCUCACCUCACUGUUCAUUUCUUGCGCAGGUCGUGAAGGUCUUGUUGACACUGCCGUAAAAACGGCCGAGACAGGGUAUAUGCAGCGCCGUCUGGUGAAGUGCCUUGAGGAUCUUUGUGCAAGCUAUGACGGUACAGUUCGGUCGUCAGUUGGUGAUAUCGUAGAAUUUGUGUUUGGUGAAGAUGGAUUAGUGCUAGAUUUUGCUCAUCAGCUCGAACACGUCCGAAACACUCAUCCUUUUAACGGCGAUGAAGAGCUGGAUAAGAAUGAUAUGGAGGCUUUAUCGAAGACGAUCCUAGAUAAGGAAUUGGGCGAAUCUCAUCCGUUGUUCCGUACUCAACUGGAGGAUUUUGUUAACGAAGUUAUCAAGAAAACCGCGACGGUUUACAAGACGCCUGAGUUUUGCAGUAGCCAUCCCAAAGGCGUCAUGAAUAUCACACAAGGUGUACCACGAAUCAAGGAAAUAAUUAAUGCUGUGAAAGCUAUUUCAACUCCAAUCAUUACUGCGAAAUUGAUGGAUAGUCGAGACGAAAGGCUGGCACGACAGGUGAAAGCGCGCAUUGACGUAACGACAUGCGAAAUCUGUGAUUAUAUCGAAGAAGUCAAUAUGCCAGAUAACACAUUCUUGCUGCUGAAACUGAGCUCGAAGCGAAUUCGUCAUUCGUUUAAGGUCACGACGAUGUCAAGUAUUGUGCAGAGUAUUCUCUCUACAAAGAGUUUUGUUCCAUUCAAAUUGGCGCAGAUCACCAUUGUGGGUAAGUCUAUGAUGGUUAUUCGACCACCAGCUGACUCGAAGUUCAGCAAAUCAAUUACCGUCCAAAUAAUGAAGCAGACUUUACAAAGAGUCAUAGUGAAAGGUUUGCCGAACGUGAAACGCUGCGUGAUUCAUGCAGACGAGAAGCGUGGCGAUGAGUACAGCAUCAUUGUGGAAGGCAGCGAUUUCCGUGGUGUACUUUCUCAGCCAGGAAUCGAUGGCCGUUUCACAAACUUCAACAAUGCCUUGGUCGUUGCUGAGGUUCUUGGAAUCGAAGCAGCGCGAACAUGUAUCAUCAAUGAAAUAAUCGGAACCAUGGAGGCUCACGGAAUUGGGCUCGAUAGACGGCAUGUGAUGUUGUUGGCUGAUGUUAUGACAUAUCGGUACUUGGAAUCACGAGAAAUGGGCCUGGUGAAAAUGAAAGAGUCUGUCCUUCUGCUUGCUUCGUUCGAGAAGACCAUGGAUCAUCUAUUUGAGGCUGCAUUCUUCUCUCAGAAGGACCCUAUCCAUGGUGUUUCGGAGUGUAUCAUUCUCGGCAUUCCAAUAUCGAUAGGAACUGGUAUGUUUAAACUGCAUCAGAAACUGCCGGAACCGAUUGAUUACAGUCCUGGAGAGCCCAUCUUUAUGAAACCCGAGUUCCGACUA